CUAAAAUAUCUUUCACUAAUGAUCGCGAUUCUCUGUUCCGAUUCGUUGCACACCUGCUAGUUAUUACUUAUUAGCACAUGACCCCUCAACUUGGAUAGUACUUAUAGUAGUCUAGUGGUCUGAUUAACUAUUGGGUUAAUUGUAUUGGGUAAAACAAAUCCUCAUUUGACCGGUCACGUGGCAGCGCCGCCCGAGACAGAGAGCUUGAGUUUUUCAAAUCCGUAUCCCGUUAUAUCUCUCGUCCGACGACCGAAACCCAGAAAUAGAGAGGAAGAGAAAAUGGCUGUCACUAAACUGCCGAACGCCGGCGCAAUCGCCCGGCUCUUUCUCCUAUCGACGGCCGCAUUAAUCCUCGCCGGCGCAAUCGCCACCCCACACUUCGCCAUCGAGGAAGCCACCGUCGAACAAAUCCAGCAGGCAUUCGCCCAAAAUCAGCUCACAUCCAAACAGCUGGUCAACUUCUACUUUGACCAGAUCCGAUCCCUCAAUCCCCUGCUCCGCGGCGUCCUGGAGGUCAACCCGGACGCGCUCCGGCAAGCGGAGCAGGCAGAUCGCGAGCGGGCGGCUGGCGGUUUGCUGACCGAUCUGCACGGGAUUCCGGUUCUGCUGAAGGACGGGAUCGGGACCAGGGACGCGCUCAACACGACGUGUGGGUCGUACGCGCUGCUGGGCUCCGUGGUGGCGCGUGACGCCGGUGUGGUGGAGAGGCUGCGACGCGCCGGGGCGGUGAUACUAGGGAAGGCCAGCCAGAGCGAGUGGUACAACGUCCGGUCGUUCUCGAUUCCCGGCGGCUGGUGUGCCCGAAGCGGUCAGGCCGUGAACCCUUACGUGGAAGGCGGGAAUCCGUGCGGGUCGAGCAGCGGGUCGGCCGUAUCGGUAGCAGCCAACAUGGUCGCCGUCUCACUAGGAACAGAGACCGACGGUUCGAUCCUCUGCCCGGCUGACCGCAACUCGGUGGUCGGGAUCAAACCAACCGUUGGGCUAACCAGCCGGGCCGGAGUGAUUCCAAUCUCCCCUCGUCAGGACACAAUCGGGCCUAUAUGCAGGACAGUGUCCGACGCGGUGUACGUUCUCGAAGCGAUCGUGGGCUACGAUCCUCGCGACCACGAAGCGACGAAAGAGGCAGCUGGGUUUGUACCCUGUGGCGGGUACAAGCAGUUUCUGAAACGGGAUGGACUCAGGGGGAAGAGGAUAGGCGUAGUGAGGAGUCCGUUCUUGGAUUCUGUCAAUGAUUCGACCGUUUUAACCGCGUUCGAGCUCCACCUCGAGGUGUUUAGGCGAGGAGGUGCGACAGUGGUGGAUCAUCUGGAGAUUGCUGAGAUAAAUGUGAUUCUGGAUCCGUUUAAGAGCGGGGAAGUUCCUGUCUUGAUGGCGGAGUUCAAGGUCGGGAUCAAUCAGUACCUCGAAGAGCUCGUCGAAUCGCCUGUUAGGUCCCUGGCAGACAUCAUCGCUUUCAACAUCAACAAUCCGGUUCUGGAAAACAUGAAGGAGUAUGCACAGGACCUGUUGGUUGCAGCUGAAACGACAAACGGGAUAGGGGAGCAGGAGGUCGAAGCGAUGCAGUUAAUGGAGAAUCUGUCGCGAGAAGGCUUCGAAGGACUGAUGAAGCAGCACAAGUUAGAUGCCAUGGUGACAUUCGGCGCAGAUGCUGCUCCGGUGCUGGCUAUGGGAGGAUACCCUGCAAUUUCAGUCCCUGCUGGUUAUGAUGGCAAGGGAAGCCCCUUUGGGAUUGCUUUUGGAGGAUUGAAAGGCACCGAGCCAAAGCUGAUCGAGGUUGCUUAUGCCUUCGAGCAAGCCACCAACAUCCGCAGACCUCCUUCAAAGCUGCAAUGUGAAAUUUGAGUGUCUUUCCAUCCACAUACACUUUUCUUUUAGUAGUUUUGCUUUGAUUUAGUGCCAAAUCAAAACGUCCCCUUUGAGAUUCCCCGACAUGUAUGCACUGCAAUUUGCAGGAGAAUGGAAAAGAUGAAACGGGCAGAUGAAUGCAAUAAGGAAGAUCCAAAAUGUACUACUUAUAUCAUAUCAUAGCCGAGAAAUGGGUUCUGUUGAUCACCAAUAACAAAAGGCAUAAGCUUUCACUGAGCAUGACAAAAGACGCGAUUUGAUUGAAUUCCUCUAAGCUUAUAUAUCUCGACACUCCUAAUAUAUAGACAUGGAAACAGGUAGAUAAUGUGGGAUGGCAAAGUCUCUCUCGGUAGGUGGUGGUCUACUCGAACGCCCACUGGUUCUCCCUCCUGACCUCUUCCUCCUCCUCCGGGGUGAAAUCGUUCUUGAUGUUGAACGUCUUGCGAAUCUCCUCGGGUGUCUUCCCCUUGAUCAUGUCCGCCACAGUCUGGCAGGUCAAAUCCAGCAAGCUCUUGAUGUUCAGAUAGUUGGCAGCCUAGAUGAGGUCGAAGAGGGUAUUCUGGUCGACCUUGACGAAAUCAGCGUCCCAGGUCUUGAGAGCCUCGUCGGGGGAGGUGAUGAGCUUGUCCUUCUCCUUGUCGGCGCCGGCCUCGACGUGCUUCCGGCAGUACUCGAUCACCUUGGCCAGGAUCGCGCUGGUGACGUUGGGGAGCGGGAUCUCGCUGUCGGCGCAGUCGUCCUCGAUCAUGUGCUUAAUAGUCUGCGACUCGACUGCCACCGCCUCCUCGACCUCGAAGGUCUCGCCGUCCGACGACCUCAGGGUGAACUUCUUGGGUGCGGUCGCCAUUGUCGCCGGUGAUUGGGUUUUUGCGGAAGACGAAAAAAUAGGGCUGGAAGGAAGGUUCUAGAGCAGCGGAAGAUGCAAAGUGAAAACGAUGCCAAUGAAGAAAAGAGUAUUUAUAGAAGAAGUGCUCCGAGGGUGAAGCCAGUAAUUGGGCCGUUUCCUUUUGGGCUUUGGAGAGAAACAGAGUUAUAUCCGUGUUUCUUAAUUAUGUUCGGAUUCUGUAAGAGUUCACGUUUGGGCUGGGCCUGCUGAUAGAUUGUCUACCGCUCAGUUAAUUACCAAA